GGAAAUGAACAGGGAAGUGAAACUCGAGGAUAAGAUCAGCGUACAGCCAAGAACACAAUCUCCGGAGCUUGAUCAGUCCUCUCGGAGAAACCGGGCGCACUGUGUGGACAUCCUCCAAGGUAGGUUCUCUGGUGAUACCAAAUAUACUCUGGGGGCAACUCACUAAAUUGAAAUUUGUAGCAAACAGUAAACUGAAUUUAUUCAAUAUUGGCCAAAGGAUUCCUGCUGGAAAUAUAGGGCAGCUGGGGGAAAAGAUGUCUAAUUCAUUUUCCUGGGCCUGCAUCUUACAUUUCACCAGAAUUCCCUGUUUACUGAAUAAGACCCUGCUGUCUAUCGGAAUCUGCAAACGGUCAGCCAUUUUGAAAGCAGAGAAGAUGAUUUCGCUUAUGGCCUACAGGUUUAUUUGCCAAACGGUGAACUACAGUCAAUCAGCAACGAUAUUUCAUCAAUUUAACUUACAAUUUCAUUCCAGCUCCAGCUAUUUAACCAAGUCAGCCAUCAAUGCACUAUAAUUUACUAUUUAGUAAAUACGCCCUUGUUAUUACCAUAUCGAUGACAAUCCAUAGCGUCAAGCGUCAGUUUCUAACUGAACAAAGACAGAUGGAAAAUAGUUUUUUGGAACGCAUUCUGCUCUGAAAUCCCCCACAUUUUGGGGAGGAUGAGAUAAGCAUUUGCCCUAUUUGGGUGAGAUUUGUUUUGGGCUUCAACUCCCAAUUAUAUUAUUGUAUAUGUAUUAUUUACAGCUUAAUAAAUGCUAAAUGCUGGGCGAUAUAAACGCCAUAUUAUAUUGUUAGAAUUUAUUCAUAAUUGGGGACAUUUAUUGAAGUGAUUCUAACAGAAAAGUGGCACAAUGGUCUUCAUGUGGAGCAACGUGAUGCUAUUGGUUUCCAUGGUAACUGCUCCAAACGUCUGCUUUACAUAAUGGCAGCUCGGAAGGCAAGCAGUGGUAUUUGCAGGCGUGUAUAUCUCAUGAUUGAUAAUAACUAAUUCCAAAGAACCCCUACUAAAAGAGGAAAAAAGGAAAUAAGAAGUCCCUAAAAAUUAAAAAAAUAAAUGAUAAGGAACGUUUAUUCAAAAUUUCACAAUUCUUUUAUUGAAAUCAUAAAAAGAAAAUAGUUUGUCCAAUUUUGAAUAAAAGUUUCUUAUCAUUUUUUGGGGGGACUUGCUCAUUUCCAUUGUUUCUCUUUUAGUAGGCAUUCUUUGGAAUUAGUUAUUAUUAUCCAAUGCUCUAUGGGUUAUGCCCUUGCAAGCUCCCCAACGCGACCUAUUGAUCUUCUAUAUCAGGGGUUCCCAAACCCAGUCCUCAAGUACCCCCUACCAGUCCAGGAUUUAGGGAUUACCCUGUUGUGUCUAAAGCAGGCCUGUCCAACCUGCGACCCCCCAGAUGUUGCUGAACUACAACUCCCAUGAUUCCCUGGCGAUCUGUUUCAUUGAAAGAAUCAUGGGAGUUGUAAUUCAGCAACAUCUGGGGGGAGGGGGGGGGGGGCGCAGGUUCGACAGGCCUGGUCUAAAGUGUGUUUUUUUGUGUGUUUUUAAAAAAAACUGGGUAAUCCCUAAAUCCUAGACAGUUAGGGGGCACUUGAGGACUGGGUUGGGAACCCCUGCUCUAUAGGGGUCAGUUUAUAUAUUAUUUGUAUAUCUUAUAGUGGAUACGACCAGGGUUAUAGGAGCAUUGUCAGCAAUUCAAAGGAAAUAAAAAAUUUUUUAAAAUUACUGAAUUUGGUAAAUUCUCCAAGUCAGCUAUGAAUGACAGUUCCACUAUUUUGGUGUGAAAUUCGGGACAAUUCUCAUUUUAGUAAAUAAGUGUGUAAGUCUCCAUAUAGCAUACAGCAUUCACAAAACCCUGAGCUGGUUAACGCUGUUUGAAAAAGAAGAGAACACAAUGUGGUCCAUUUUUUUAAGGUUUUACUAGAGGACACCUGAGGCUAAGUGCUUCAUUUGCAGCAAUUAAAUGAAACACCCCAUUGGUUUCCAUGGUAAAUGCAUGAAAUGUAGCACUUUGUACUAGAAACUCGCCAUUAUGACAAUAAAGGAAUCAUGUAUCUGAGCCAGUGUGUUGUGUUUUCUGUAUUGUGUUGUGUGUUCAAUGUAGUAUGUUUUGUGUGUUCUCUGUUGUGUGCUCUGUUUUGUGUUGUGUGGUUUGUUUUGGUUUCUGUUUAAUGUAGUAUGUUGUGUGUGUUGCGUUCUGUUCUGUUUUCUGUAUUGUGUUUUGUGCUCUGAGUUUCUGUUGUCACAUUAAGCUAAUUUUGUCAUUCUCUCAGUUUUUUGGUAGAAAUGCCUCGACAUAUUGUCCUGCUCUCUGUGCUGCUGUUAUUCGUCUUUGGCUCGAUUCAUUCACAGACCAGUGUGUGCCCAGCAGUAAAUGGCAAGAAUGGCAUUCCGGGUCGCGCAGGAAGACCUGGACAGAAAGGAGACAGGGGGGAUCCCGGUAUGCUCGAGGGGGAGGUUUACAAAAUGAAUGUUCCUAAUACUGAUUUAAUUAUUAAUGAUACAUUGUCACUGGGUACAUUUAGAUUGAAGUUCAUUACACCAUCUCAGCUAUACACCAAUUCGCACUAGCAUUGUAAUCUCUGUACUAACUACAUACAUCUAGUAACCGUUUUAUGUAGCACACAGGUGAAAAAAGGAUAUAAAAAAAAAAAAAAAUACAAAAGCUCUCUUAGAAAAUUGCAGACCCACCAGGAAAUGCAUCAAGUCCUCAACAUUCGGGGCCACCAAGAAAUGGUCCUAGCACCAGAGGUCAAGAACUCGGAUUAAGGGCUCACAAGUAAAGUCACAAACACAGUUUUUCACAGGGGACAUAAAUGAUAGGGGUGCUAAACUAUGAAGUGUUAGGGAUAGUUUAGGGGGGUUGACAAAAAAGUCAGUACUGAGAACACAGGAAGUAUGAAGAGGAUAAUAGAUAUUAAUAUUUGUUGUCUCUUUUCCCAGGUGCGAUGAUCAGAGGAUAUGACUUCACUGCAACAAAGGGUGAUCCAGGAGACCCAGGUGUGACUGGUGAACCUGGCCGUGAAGGUAGUGUUGGUCCAAUAGGGUCUCCUGGAGCUCCAGGAAAUCAAGGUCCUAAGGGGCCCAAAGGAGCAGUAGCCAACAUGGCAAUUCAAAAACGCCCAGCAUUCUCAGCAGAAGACCCCAAAGUGGAUAAAAAUGGCAAGACAGUGGUCUUUAGUAAGAUCAUAACCAACCAAGAAAAUAUGUACAACAAAGACACAGGCAAAUUCACAUGUGCUGAACCAGGGUACUAUUAUUUUACAUUCCAGGUGGUGGGCAAUGGGGAUCUCUGUCUGUAUAUUAACACCAACAUCCCCGGUAAAGACAACCCCCUCCUUAGUUUUUGUGACGUCAAUUCAAAGAAAUUUCACCAGGUGAAUUCUGGGGGGACGGUUCUUUUUCUGAAUAAAGGUAAUCAGGUGUGGAUUGAAACAAAUGAAAAAAGUAAAAAUAUUGCAACUGGCGAGGACAUCAGCAGCGUAUUCAGUGGAUUUCUCAUUUUUCCUCUUAAAGAUGGAGCCUCGUAGAGAAAGGAAACAUUAAGUCUCACAUUAUAGCAAGGGGGACACAGGCCGUAAAGAGAUUAUCUGAUUUAUCUCACUGAAAGUUUAGCAAAUUAUUGAGUUUGGUUAUAUGGCUGUUAUUUCUAAAAAAAAAAAACUUUAAAUCAUAUUAAUCCUUCAGUGUUUUGGAAGGGGGGCUAACAAACCAAACCAGUCAUGCUAAGGUUAAAUUGACUUUCUCCUUUGCAGUGCCAAAAAAAAAAAAAAUUUAACCUUGGCGUAAAUAUACUUACUUUAUACUUAUUUUUUACAUCAGAUAUUUUGCUUGGCAUUAUAUAGAUAAGCAUUCUUAUGGUUUACUUUAACGCUAUUUGGGGGGUGGAAAUAUUUGCAUUUGUUGAUUUUGUUGCAUAAUUUUUGUUAAUAAAAAGCAAAUUUGCCUCUUGUUUACCAAAUCUGAAUAUAUUUUUGCAAUAAAUUGAAAUCUAAGCCAUCAGUUUGUUGAUUUGUGAUUUUUAUUUUUAAAUAAC